UUAAUCUCUCCACCAAUUUAAUAUUAGCAAACUAAAGUUUUGGCAAGUCAUUUAGUAAAUCUACUUAGUGCAUGACAUGAGUAAUUUUUCCAACAAUUGUUUACAGACAGAUUGCUUCACUUUUAAUUUGCUACGUAAGUGAAGGCCAUGACAGUACCAAUAAAUAAGGUUUGCUUUUGUUCUUAUGUUAGAUUCAGUCUUUUUACUAGAUCUCUCUCUUUCUCCAUAACUCUUUCUCUGAAAAUAUCAGAUUAUUAAAAUGUCAACGCUUUGUCAUUUUACCUACUAGCUAAGGAGGCAGGAGACGACAUUGUGAUAUUGAAGACCUUGAUAUGGAGACAUUUCUCAUCUUUGACUUGUGAAGAUGAUACAGCAGACAAAAUAAGUUUAAACAGCAAUAGCACCGCACAGCAAGAGAAAGGAAUAAUAUAACAUUAAAAUUAUUAAGUAAAAAUGCAUAAUAAAUAAUAUUGUAAAGCAUUAUUCAAUAUUGAUUCACAUUCAAUAUUCACAUAGAUAAUGAAAUAGAUACAUUAGGACUAGCAUUUAUCAUUAUUCUCAACUUCUCAACAUUUGCAGCGAAUCACAUGCUCAUUUGCAUGUGAAAAUAACGAGUGUGAAAGUUUGCGUCAAGUUUCCAAACUUUUUUGUAAGGGUAGCAUGGCGAGGCGUGGUUCGAGCAUGAUCGACUGUGUUCUGCGACUGCUAUCAGUCCUUGUAAAACGUAUAACGUACAAGGAAGGGCAGCCAGUUGAGUUUCUGCUGUAAUAUGGUGUCCCCUAGGGAGUUGGUGCCCUAUGCGAACUGCAUAAUAUGCAUAUAGGAAGCGGUGGUAUAGUCAGUAUGCCAAAACAAUUUGAAGAACUUGAUAUAGUCAUAGAAAAUAUGUUUAUAGUGUUCUCGAGAACUCUAGAAAGUGUCGCCCUCUUAUAUUAAAGAAAGUUAAAGAGUAAAGCCCUACACUGUGGUACAAUGUUCAUACUCAUGCUCUUAAGGGAGCAGCUCGGAAAAUGGAGAACAAGUGGAAGAGUACAAAUUUUGAGGUAUUUUGCGGUGCAUGGAGGGAUAGUGUCUCUAGCUCCAGACAGGCUUCAAAAGCUGCCAUGUCUGCAUAUUUGGGUAAACUUAUAGAAAAUAACCACAACAAUUCUAGGUAUUUAUUCAUUAAUUGACAAGGAGCAAAGCUUCAACUCAACCAGAUAUUACAUUGGAGCAAUAAAUAACAACUUUAUGAAUUUCUUUACUGAUAAAAUUGAGACCAUAAGAAAGAAAAUUGUAAUUAUGCAACCAUUUUCAAUAGCACCUCAGAAGACAGUGUCUCAUUUUAUUCCCUAAGAGGAUCUUCAGUCCUUUGCUGUUAUAGCUCAGGAAGAGUUAACAAAACGUCUCGGUUACUCUCGUAACCUCCGUUCCCUGAUGGAGGGAACGAGACUCGUGUCGAUGUAGUGACACUAGGGGUGUCUCUUGAGAGCCUCGGUUACCUCUUAUCUUUCAGAAAAGGCCAAUGAGAAUUCUUGGGUUUCAGUCACGUGAUUAUGAUGACGCGCGAAGGCGGAGCGAUUUCAGAUGGAGGGCAGGAAGUAAACAUGGAGAAUACGUCUAUAGGUGCGUACACACUGCCAGCGACAUCGCGCGCGACAGCGACUCAAUACCAUUAAUUUUCAAUGCGAGCACAGCGACUUCCGGCGACACGAGCUGUUGCGACCGUUGGCGCUAGAUGUGGGCGUGUCCAGCGACGCGACAAAGUUGAGAAAAGUUCAACUUUGGAGGGACUAACGGAAGCGACAGCCAAUAGGAGAGACGACGGGAGAGCUCACGUGAUCCUUUCUCUCUCUCUCAGCUCCUGCAGUAACGGAAAGGUGGAUGAAAGGCUAAUUCUUGCUGUUAGAAAUUUUCCAAUGCUCUAUGAUAUGUCUCUUCCCACGUACAAGAACAUUUUUAAGAAAAAUACUGCGUGGAAAGGUGUAUCUGAGAUCGCGGGGAUUUUGUGGACCCAGACAGACCGGCAUUUGCAUUUUCACCACUCUGGCAAACAGCACACCUGGUUUCUCAUUCAUCUUUGAUAUAAACAUUUUAUGUACUGAUUCCAUUUAUAUUUAGUCUUUUCCCUCCAAAAUCUUUGUUUUUAGUGGCAAGAAAAGAGAUUCGCUGUCAACAGCAAUGGAAUGGCAUCCGUGAAUGUCAUUUAUAAACGUUACUAGGCAACCAGCAGUGGGAACACCCACUAGCUACUUCACCGCCAGCCACUGGCGACUUGCAGCGACAAAGUCGCUGGCAGUGUGUACGCACCUUAUGUUGGAAACCGUUGCGGAGAGUCCGUAUUGUACGAAUUUUGAACCAGUUUCAAGAAAUAGAUACAAGGAGUUAGUAAACGCAUAUGUUGGACGUGACCCGUUCCUCAUGAAGAUGAGUGAGUUUUCGGUCGAACUUGAAGAUUUGCCGACAGUGGAGGCUGUUGACAUCACCAACUAUCUGGUCCUUCAGACAUCGUACUACACCAGACAGCAAAUGAAGGCAUAUAAAAGUCUGGAGGCGUACAACUUUUUUGUCAGCGGGUGGGUCCACAACCUCGGUACCAAACGGCUCCACGAUGAUCAUCGUUUGGUCUUCGCUAAGGUAAACCACUCUCAGAGAUCAGACGAAACAUCUCUGAAGACCUGGAUUAUUGUGAAGGAGGAUGGAGAAGUCAUUGCAGCUCAUUGCAAUUGCAUGGCAGGACUAUCAGAAUCGUGUUCUCAUGUAGGGGCAGUUCUUUUUUCCAUUGAAGUUGGGGUAAAGAUGCGAGAUACAGCUUCCUGCACAACAGAGCAGUGCAAGUGGCUGAUGCCAUCACAUGUAAAAAAGAUUCCUGCUGCUCCAGUAGCUGAUCGACUUCUCCUCUGCUAAAGCCAAAAAAAAAAGCUUGACCGUUCUAUUGAUGGCAGGACAACUGAAAACCAGGUUGGGAAAUCACUUUCAUGGUUAUGGAUGCAAACAUGAAGCACAAGCCAGAGGAGUCUAUGAGAAGCUGAUGGGUCGGUAGCAUGCAGGCUUCUCCUGUAUGGACAGUGGUCUCAGGCUGAACCCCAAGUGGCCAUACAUGGGGUCCUCCCCUGAUGGGAUUGUUGCUUGUGACUGUCACGGAACUGGCAUCUGCACGAUUAAGUGUCCACACUCUCACCAAGAUGAAGCCAAUCUGUGCUUGUGUGCUGGGGAAAAGGACUUCUGCCUCAUCAAUGAUGGGGAUAAUGUCAUGCUGGACCGGACUCAUGACUACUACUACCAAGUUCAGGGACAGCUUCACAUUGUAGACGCUGAGUACUGUGAUUUUGUUGUGUGGAACCACAAUGACAUUUUUGUUGAAAGGAUUUUGCCCUAUCUUGAACUUUGGGAUGAUGUUAUCCCUAAAGUUGAGUGCUUUUUUAGACACAGUAUACUUCCAGAAAUACUGGGACAGCAAGUUACAAACUCACAUGUGUAAUGUAAUGAAAGUAUCCAGGCACUCUUGAAAGUGGGCUGUGUGAUAUUGCUGUUAUAUCAAUACGGUUGUAUGAGACAAGAUUACAUUUUGACUAUUGUUAUGAGUGUGGUCUUUGUGAGUUCUGGCUGUUGUAUAAUUUAAAUGAAAAGAUUAAAUGCCAUUGAGAAGACAGAAUUAUACAUGGUGG